UUAAGAUUGGAAAGCCUGCGGAAAACCAACUGGCUAGCUAGCUGCUGCUGCUGCUGCAGAGCCAUCGACCAGACGAAAUAUGGCUUUGAGCAGCUCCCUCUCCUCCUACGCUCUUCUCCUGCGAUUCCCCCGAGCUCCGACCGAGUCCCCCAGCCCCGUCCAUCCGUUCCUCCUCCCUCGACGACCGUCGGGAUUUCCCUUCGUCCUCGCGUCGGAGUGCCUGCGCGCUCGUCGAUUCGGCGCUCAAUUCCCCGCCGGGGCGCUCGCGGCGAAGUGCCGCGCGAUUAUUUCGUGCUCGCGCGAAGGCGAUGCGGGCGCCGACUCGCUCGCGCGGUCCGAUGCCAACGAUCGGAGGAGGGCGGGCAUCUCCGGAACUGGUGGGUUCGUAGCUGCUGCGGUUGCGUGUGUGCUGCUGCUGUCGACGCGGCGGAGUGCUCUGGCGGUCGGCGGAGCUGCGAAUGGUGGGCUCGCGGUGUUGAGGUCGGGGGGAGCGGCUCUCGGCGGGGCAUGGCCCAAGAUAGUGCAGAUCCUGCAGGUUCUAAAGGAGCAGGGCUUCAUUCUGGCCGCUCUGCUGGGUCUCUCUGCGUUCUUCUCCAUGGCAGAGACAUCGAUUACCACGCUGUGGCCGUGGAAGGUUUCAGAGCUGGCUGAAAAAGAGCCUGAGAAUGGUGUCUUCAGAAUGCUUCGUAGUGAUGUCACUCGAUUCCUGACUACAAUUCUUAUUGGCACAACUGUGGUCAAUAUUGCUGCGACAGCGCUUGUCACAGAAGCAGCAACAGCUAUUUUUGGUGAAGCAGGUGUUAGUGCAGCUACUGGUGUCAUGACUGUUGCUAUUUUACUCCUAACGGAAAUUACACCAAAAAGUGUAGCUGUUCACAAUGCUACAGAAGUUGCUCGAUUUGUUGUAAGGCCGGUUGCAUGGCUUUCGGUGGUACUGUAUCCUGUUGGGAGAGUUGUCACUUUCCUGUCAAUGGGAAUGCUGAAGAUGCUGGGUCUAAAAGGUAGAAGUGAACCAUAUGUCACUGAAGAUGAACUAAAAUUGAUGUUACGAGGAGCAGAGCUGAGUGGGGCAAUAGAAGAAGAAGAACAGGACAUGAUUGAAAAUGUGCUGGAGAUUAAAGAUACACAUGUGAGGGAAGUAAUGACGCCUUUGGUGGAUGUAGUUGCAAUUGAUGCUAGUGCAACACUGAUUGAUUUCCAAAACUUGUGGGAAACUCAUCAGUACUCCAGAGUACCUGUGUUUGAGGAACGGAUUGAUAAUAUAGUUGGAAUUGCAUAUGCAAUGGACAUGCUUGAAUUUGUUGAAAAGGUCGAGAAGUUAAAAGAAGUCACUGUGAAAGAGAUUGCACACAAGCCAACAUACUUUGUGCCAGAUUCAAUGUCUGUCUGGAACCUUCUGAGAGAGUUUCGCAUCAGGCAGGUUCACAUGGCUGUUGUCCUGAAUGAAUAUGGUGGAACUGUUGGUAUUGUGACAUUGGAAGAUGUUGUUGAAGAAAUUGUUGGUGAAAUAUUUGAUGAGAAUGACUCAAAGGAGGAGAUCCAGAAGAAAACAGGUUAUAUAGUGAUGCGGGAGGAUGGGACAUUUGAUGUCGAUGCAAAUACAUCAAUUGAUCAGCUUUCCGAAGAGCUGAAUAUCAAAAUACCAGAGGGUCAUCAAUAUGAGACUGUAUCUGGUUUUGUCUGCGAGUCUUUUGGAUAUAUACCAGAGGAAGGUGGAAAGAUCGUAAUGGUACUUGAGAAGGCAAACCAAGAAGAGAAUACUGAAUACGCUGAGCAAGCAUCAGAUCAUCAAGAUGAGAAGGAAAAGCAUCAAGCUUUUGAACUGGAGAUAUUGGAAGCUAAUGAAAGGAAGGUGAACAAAGUUUGGUUUAAACCAAUAAGCAGUGAAUGUGUAGACAUGGAGAAUAAGGGGACGAACCGUUUGGUCUCCACCAAAGUGAUCAAAAGGAAGAAGAAGACGGAGACCGAUCCAGACUGGCUUGACGAUGGAGAGACCGCAGAGGAAUCGCAAGAUGAAUGCUCAACUGAGUUACUAAUAGCUCAUGGCAACCUAAAAGACCCUGCCAGCCAUGCUACUGAUGAGAAAACGGAUGACCACCGUUGUAAUACCGGACAAUAAGCACACUACGCCUCCAACUCUUUCCAUUCCAUUUCUUGGUACACCACACAAAAAGAAAACGUAGACCGAAAAAAGGGUUUGAGUGACCGUAAAAGAUCGGAAUGCUCAAGAAGGCAGAACAUAUGGAAGGCCGGUGGACGGACAUUGCAAACAUUUCUUCUACAGGUGAAGGGAAGUGUCUACGUCGACUGCCUCGUUGGAAUACGUGGGUGCAUGCAUGUUGGCCUUAUCCGCCCACGAGAGCGAUUUGUCCUCAAAGCAGCGGACGCUUGGGUAUCUGCCGCCAUGAGAGUCGAGGUGAAGGUAGGGUGUAGGGUGGCGUAGGGGUCUUGAAGGGUGUAGUAAUUCAGGGUGGAAGAACCAUGUGGGCUUGUGGUAGGGAGUAGUUGUACUCGCAAGGGGUCUCGGUUGUUCGGCUUUCGCGAGCGUUAUUAAUCGCAGUAGCUCCUUUUCUUCUCUCAUCUCUUUGAUCCUCUGCAGCUGUCUGAACCUCUCUCGCAACAAGGCGAUGGAGGAGUGGAUGGCGGUGGAGUCGUUGCUCUCCCUCGCCAUCGCCCCUUCUCGCAGAUGGCGCCCCGCCUCCGAAUGAGGUAGGUGCAUGGGCUGAGGUAUAUAGUGUGAGAAAUGCAUGCGCACAGCAGCAGUGGUGGUAGCCUGCCCGUCGAAGGGUGGCUGUGGGUAUUCGAAAAUAAAGGGAUAGGGGUGUAUUUUUGUCUUCUUGCUUUUAUCCUACACUGUCUUGCGCAGUUUGAUUGAUUCGCCUGCCUUUGACGUAAAAGAGGGAGUGGGGACAGUGGACAGUGGACAGUGGACAGUGGACAGAGAGAGAGAGGGAGAGAGAGGGAGAGUGAAAGAUGAGGAAGGGGGAAUGGGAGUGACCGGCCGGUGUGGUACCGAGUCCGAGGAGGGAGAAACUUUUGUGGCUAUCUAACAAGUAAGUUGCCGCUCGUGGGAGAAUAAGGGUGGGAGGGACAGUCCAAACGAGGCUUGUGGCCGUAGCUCUUGGUGGUUAUUUUAGCGGGGGAAUAAAGGGCUGCGCCGGUGUCCCCCCUCGCCCUGCUCCCUGCGUCGGCUCGGAGCGUUAGAUGCAAUUAGCGUCUUGUGCUUUUCCUAGCGGCCGCUCAUUUGGACUUGGAUGGCCUGGAUUGCCCGACAGCAGUCUACUGUGCUGACUGACUGACUGACUGACUGACUACCGAGCCUAAAAUCCAGUAGGCUCGGUGGUCCACCCCCUCCGGCCCGUCCACAAUCUCACCAAAUCUUUCUAUGCCCUCUCUCUUCUAUUCCUCUGUGGCUGCCUUGGGAAACGUGAGAUGACAACGGUGGGUUCGUGGUGGACGCUGGGGACUUUUGGUUGGUUAACUUAUUCCUCCUCUCAUCAUUUCUUUUUUUCUGUUUUUUUUUUCUUUUUUUUUUUCCUUCUCUUCUUUUUUUGAUUUCUAGACUAGCCUAGUUCCCACUUUUUUUUGUCCUGGCUUGGGUGGAUGCAAAUGGCGUGCGGCAUGCAAAUGGCUUUUGAUGCGCCAAUGCCAUUGUGGGCUGCGAAAGACGAGCAAGUUAGUGGCCCUUUUCCGUCCAUACCCGGCCUCUAUUCCUUUGCUUCUUUUAUGCCUCUCCGCCAAUCUCAAGAGAUAACGCCUCUAGAUUUGGCCACUUGUUUGUACUGUACUGUCUGACUAAUGGAGGCUGCCUUAAACUAA